ACAAGACCUUCUUCUUUCUUCCUUUCGUUGUCGUCGUCGUCGUUGUCUUCUUCUUCUUCGUGUCAUUAAAAAGAAGAAUCCCCUCUCCAAUAAUCUCGUACAGUUCUUUGUGAAUACAUACAUAUGACUUGUGAGUUCCUUCUUCCAAGACAAAUUCCAGAUUCUCCCCUCCAUAACCCACUUGUCACUGACCUAUUACUUCACGCUUUCUCUCUCUCUCUCCCUCUGAACAAGAAAGUAAUAGUAGGUCACCGAACUCGUUAGUUACAUAUCAGUUCAUCCAUAUUUCCGUUUCUUCCUUGAGGUUUAAGUAUUGGAUCAUCUGGGUUUCGUCGCAGGUUUCAUCAAAGAACUUGGAAGUCCAGAACUGAGGUCCUUAGAGACUCUUGAAUCCGUCCACCUUAUUUGCUAUUCAAGAUCCUUUUUUUUUUUUUUUUUCUCUGGUUUCGGAUUUCAAAACGAUCAAAGCAGAGAAAAGAUGGGUUUUCUUGAAUUUCAAUCAAUUGCUUCUUCUACGUUUACUUGUUUAGUGGAAUCUUCUUUUUGAAGAUAAAGAUUCCGGAUUAUCUGGAGCGGCAACUUCCCGUCUCCUGCUUUCCUUCUUCCGAGUUCUUCUGAUGAAGAAGAACGAAUACAGAGACUCUGAGAACCCCAAAGUCGUUUAAAACUCUCUGAAAUUCUCAUUUAACUGUUUCCGGUAACUGUUUUAUUGCUUCUUUAUAUUCAAAUUUAGAGACGUUUGGUCCCGUUCAGUUCAAGUGACUCAAACGGCUUCUCUAUCUCUUUCUGGGUCUCGAGUUUUAGAAUUCAGAGUCUCCUUCUCCGAAGAAAUUCUGCAACUUUGGUUGACUGGGAAGAGUUGCUGAAACUGAAAAUGGCGAUUUCUGACCAGGAAAGCUUACCGGACAAAGGCGAUAAAAUCGAUAGCUUCGUUGUGGACAUAGAAAGGUUGUCUCAUGUCACCGAUAAAGACAUCUCUCCUAAUUCUAGGAUCACUUUGCAGAGAAGCUUUUCCCGGAAAGGGUCACACAGAGGAGAAAGGAAGAACAGUAUUGCAAUGGCUACCAGUCAAGACAAAGCCAUUGAUACCGUACCAACUAAUGGGGAUUCAUCAUCCAAAGGAGGAGGUGGCUUUAGCACAGGUGAGAACUCCAUUACGGUUCCAUUAAUGGUGAACCCAGUUGCAGAGGCCAUGAACAAACAAGCACAGGUGAUGAUGAUGAUGAACAGUGAAGGCAGAUUUAGUAGAAGACUCAGUGGGAAGCGGCCACCGGCUUGGCUAGUCGGCCCAAGGACGGUCUUUGUCUUCUUUGCCACCUUGUCAAGCAUGGGAACGAUACUGCUGAUAUACUUCACCCUCUCCAUGAGCAAACUCGCCGAGGAUGACCUCUCAGGAGCCCAGCUACUACAAUAGACUUGCAGCUGACAACCGUCACCAAGAAAGACAGAGGCUUACCCAUCCAAACCACCCCACUUUUCUUUUUCUUUUUUUUUUUUUUUUUUUUUGAGAUUUUUCUCUAGGGAGGUUGCAGAGCAUGUAAGAUAAGUAGAUAAGCAACUUAUGGAAAUACCCAGAAAGGUAAAAUUUUAUCUCACAGCAAUUCUCUGGAGUCUUUCUUCUUCAGUUCUUUAAUCUUAGGACUUUCUUUGAUUGUCUUAUAUAGAGUAACUAAGAAACAUUAUAAAGAGGCA